GUAAACAACAUGUCGGCGCCCACAGAGCACGUGACAGAAAACGCGACAGAAGCCGAUCAAACUAAAGAAACGGACUUAUGUGAACCCGAACCGGACCCAGACCCGGACCAAAACCAGGACAAAGAGGAGGGUAAAAACUCUGGUGAAGGGUCUAAUAGUGAUGAAGACGAUGACGAGGAGGAGAAAGAGCGCCCCCCGCGGGUCCUGGACACACCGGAGGACCUGCGUCUGGAGGCCAUCGCCAACUCCAUCGCUCUUCACCCGAGCAGAGACGUGAUCGUGUGCGGAGACGUGGACGGAGACGUGUACGCCUACGAAUACUCCUGCACCGAGGGACAGACCCGAGAGCUGUGGUCCUCAGGGCACCACAUGAAGUCCUGCAGAGCGGUCCGUUUCUCUGCAGACGGACAGAAGCUGUUCUCUGUGUCCAGGGACAAAGCCGUGCACGUCCUGGAGGCAGAGAGCGGAAAACUGGUGACGAGGAUCAGAGGAGCUCACACCGCUCCCAUCAACGCUCUCAAGAUCAUCGACGAAAACCUGCUCGCCACCGGAGACGACGCAGGGACACUCAAGGUGUGGGACAUGAGGAAGGGGACGUCCAUCAUGGAUCUGAAACAUCACAACGACUACAUCAGCAGCAUCACAGUGGACCAGGCCAAACGGAUCCUGCUCACCGCCAGCGGUGACGGCACUAUGGGCGUGUUCCACCUGAAGCGCAGACGUUUUGAGCUUCAGUCUGAGUUUCAGAGCGGGGACCUGACCUCUGUGGCCCUCAUGAAGCGAGGGAAGAAGGUCGUGUGCGGAUCCAGCGAAGGGACCAUCUACAUCUUCAACUGGAACGGAUUUGGAGCGACGAGUGACCGAUUCGCCGUCAAAGCUGAAUCUGUAGACUGCAUCCAGCCCAUUACAGACAGCAUCAUGUGCACAGCCUCUAUGGACGGAUAUAUAAGAGCGAUAAACCUGCUACCGAAUCGCGUGAUCGGCUGCGUGGGUCAGCACGUGGGGGAGCCCAUAGAGGAGCUGGCCCGAUCUCACUGCGGGCACUUCCUGGUCAGCUCCGGUCACGACUCGCUGGUCAAGUUCUGGGACAUCAGCUCUCUGCCCCAAUCCAAAGUCCAGGAAUACCGCAAGAGGAAGAGGAAGGACGGAAAACUGAAAUCUCUGAGCAAGAAGGCCCACGGAGACAAUGACUUCUUCUCUGGACUUUGGAGGAGACUGAAAACAAAAAAAGAAGAAGAAGAAGAAGAGGAGGAGGAGGAUGAAGAGGAGGAGAGUGAUAGUGACAGUGACUGAUAAUCUGAUAAUAAAAGUUCAAAUCAAUUUCGAUACUAAUGAAUAGACAGUGUUGGGGAGUAACAGAUUACAUGUACCAGCGUUACGUAAUCAGAGUACAAAUUCAGAGUAACUGUAUUCAGUUACAGUUACUGUUUCAGUGAGUGGUAAUUGGAUUACAGUUACUUUGUUGAUAUAAAUGAAAUACAGGACGGUAUUUUCCUGUUUUCACAUUUCGAGCAAAAUCAGGACUAAAACCAUGAUUAAACCAGGACUAAAACCAGGGCUAAACAAUGUAACACCUAACAGUAGGUGGACAUAAUUUAAAGCAUAUCUCAUAUAAAAUCUUUUCUCUAUCAGUAAUAUUUUUAAUAUGGUUAAGGAAAGUCUGGACUUUUUAUUGUCUUUUAGCAGAUAAAAACUAAUGUUAAGAUUUCCUAGUCUUUGCUUCUCUACAGUAAAACAAAAGUCUGUUCAUGGAGACUUGGGCUCAACAGACAAUUUGAAGAAAACAAACAAGAAUUUUCAAGAUGUGGUUGUUACAUUCAUGUCGUUUUAGAAAACAUGACAAUAUCAAGUAUUCCACAGUAUUCAGAUUACGUUACUCACUUUAAGUAACUUAAUGGAUUACGUUACAAACUACAUUUUGGGAAAUGUAAUCUGUAAUCUGUAGGGGAAUAUGUUUUAAAAGUCACCUUCCCAACACUGGGAAUAGACUCGAUACUCAAUACAGAUUCCAAUACCACAAAAAUAAUAAAUACAUCACCAUAGAAAAAAGCUGGUGACAGUCCCAACCAAAAAGUUACACAGUGCACCUUUAAGUAAAGUAUAAACAAGUAAAAAUGGACAUAAACUUGUAAAGAAUGUUUUAUUUUGAUUCAUAUUCUCCAUUUUUAUUUACAAAAUCCUGUCGAGCGUUUAUUUUGGCGGUGUUUCUUCGAUCUUCCUGUGGCUCACGAGGCGCAGAGUGAUCUGUGGAGUCAGGCCACUGUUCACCAACUCUUCUUUGAGCUGAAAUAAGUCUGAAAUUAUUCAACUGUGUUGUAAAAAACUUGAAUUGGGGGUCCAUCACCUGCUCGUUUUUAUGGAUAUGUCAUUGCCUGGAAUGUUCCACAGUAUGACAUUAAAACAGCUCUAUCUUACAUGUAUUCAAUUACAGGUGGUUUUAGUGCUUAAAAAACAUGCAUUCUGACUGGCUUUGACAAUAGACACGUCCCACUGGAAAAACAAACAUGGAGGUUUGAUGCUCACUUUUUCGGAAAAUCCUUCCCAGUAUGAAUUGCACAAUGACCGAAAGUCCGAAAUUCAUGAUGCACGUAUUAUAGGUGGUUUUAGAGCUCAAAAAUACCUAGAAAAAAAGGCAUUCUGACUAUGAGUGGGGUUGCCUCUUCACUGAUCUGACAUGUAACUUGGUCCAGUUUGAUCUCCAUGAAGAUAGAAAGGUUUAAUGUCAUAUUGUGGAACAUUCCAGACAGGAGCCUCCACCAGAAAAGUUACACAAUGCACCUUUGAAUAUAAUUUUUUUUUUAAAGGAAAUAAAACAUAAAACAAGGAAUGAA